AUGGACGAAGAAUCUAUAAACUCGUAUAUUAUCGCGGCCUUAAAUGAUCCAUCAUUAACAUGCACGUUAUUAGCGCUUAAGUUGCCAACUUGUAAUGACUUAUUGCGCCCAUUGAAAGAUAAGGCUAAUGCUUCAGGACCAUCAAAGGCAAGCACAAUGGACGAGAAAGGUAACAACGAUAAAAAUUCCGGAUCAACGAAUGAGAGAAAACUCAAAUGUUACAACUGCAAUCAAUACGGGCACAUUGCGUCAAAAUGUCAGCAACCACAACGAAAGCAGAAGUGUACGAAGUGCAACAAGGUAGGCCACGAUGCACAAGCGUGCCACAAUGGAAAACUGACUGUUGCGAAGUUAGUGGACGUCUCAAAACGUGAGUACAGCAAAUAA